UCACGGCGGCGACGUGAUCGAUUCCCGACGGAAACUGUUUGUUUACGUCGGCGAUGAAGGCGAUGGGAUCGGUAAAGGUUGAGGCUAAGGAGUUGAGGCGGCGAACGGUGAAGAGGUUUGUGGAGGAUUUCGGAUCUGACGAUGGGCCGGGCCGAGAUGCGGUGGAUGAGGCGAUUCGGCACUUGUACUCUCCGGAUCUGAAGGCUGGGUGGGGGAUUCACGUGGUUCAGGAGGUUAAGCUUCUUGCGAGGAAAGAGGAUCGUGGGGGAUUGGAUGUCGCGAUCCAGGAGCUCGUAGAUCUUGGGAUUCAGAGGGAAACGGCAGCUGAAUCUAUUUAUAAGGAGAGAUGCAUUCUGGUGAAUGAUGGGCCGAGUUGGGCGAAAUAUAUGUCCAUCUCCGGCUCUCCUGAGGAUGAGCAUGAUAUCAUAACAUUGCAGUAUACUGAGGAAGGUUUGUUAAGUGUGGAUGAGAAUCAAUGUGGCCAUGCUGCAGCAUUUGGCGAUGACAUUGCCAUUGAAAGCUUGGCAUCUGAAUUCAAGCGAGAGGUGUAUGUGGUUCAAGCCCAUGGAUCAGAUGCUAUGGUUGACGAGGAGAACUGUGUAUUCUUCCUCCCGCAUCGUCCAAGGGGUCAAAUUUGUGGACCUCCAAUCUUUCUUUUCAUGAAGGGCACAGGUGACUACACAUUUUUAUUUUAUUUUGAAUGGUUAUACUCCAUUAGGUAGUUCAUAGUUCUAUCACUUGGUUUUAGUCCCUCUAAGUUGCAUUUGCAUAUAACUUCUGAUGCCUUUGCCUCUCAACCUGCUUAGAUAUAAGAAUUGUUUGUGGUCUGCCAUAGCUGUUACUAAGAAAAGUGGUCAUUGGCUUCUAGAUAUUUUAGACACCACUCCCCUCUGUAAGUUGAGUACAUCAUCACUCAGCGUGUGGAUUCUCUGUCACUGGGUUAUUUGAUCACCUUUAUACGGAAGAAAUUUUAGGCACUUGCACAUCCGGCUCUAAUAUACGAAUGAGUUUAUACUGGAAUUCAUCGUUUACGUUGGAACAUAAGUUGGCAAUCCCUCGUCUUCAUUUGUUCAUACCAAGUAAAUUAAUAUACUUAAGUGGUUAACACCUUGAGGAUUGACUGACUUAAGAUCAUAGCUGUGUAUAUAUUACCUAUAUGCUUUAAAUAUUGGGUCUAUUUUUUUUCCUAGAGACUAGCAGGGUUACAUAUUUUUCUCAUGCAUAACGUUUAUUAUACA